AGGCGGGGCCUGGAGUCCCGGCCAAACCCUCCCCGGCGUAUAAGCCCCUUCUCGGCGCUCUCUCUCCAUCUCUCUCCUCUCUCUUUCUCUCUCGCUCCCUUCCUCCCUGUAACUGAACAGUGAAAAUUCACAUUGUGGAUCCGCUAACAGGCACAGAUGUCAUGUGAAAACGCACAUGCUCUGCCAUCCACACAGCCUUUCUUCCUUUUCUUUCUCUCUUUUUUUUUUUCUUGCUCCUUCUCCCUCUUCUUUGUAACUAACAAAACCACCACCAACUCCUCCUGCUGCUGCCCUUCCUCCUCAGUCCAAGUGAUCACAAAAGAAAUCUUCUGAGCCGGAGGCGGUGGCAUUUUUUUUUUUUUUAAGCAAGCACAUUGGAGAGAAAGAAAAGAGAAAAACAAAAGCAAAACAAAACCCAGGCACCAGCCAGCCAGCACAUUUUUUUCCACCCUUCCUGAAAACAAACAAACAACCAUCAAAACAAUCACCACCACCACCCUCAAAACUGUUAACCUAGCGGCGGCGGCGACAGCAAACGUCACCCUCCGGCCACAGCGUCCGCCUGAAGGGAUGGUUUUAUCGGUUGAGCAGCUCUUUGCCGACCACCUUCUUCAGUGUUGCUGAGCGGGAUUUUUGGGCUCUCCGGGGUUCGGGCUGGGAGCAGCUUCAUGACUACGCGGAGCGGGAGAGCGGCCACACCAUGCGAGCACAAAUUGAAGUGAUACCAUGCAAAAUUUGUGGCGAUAAGUCAUCCGGGAUCCACUACGGAGUCAUCACAUGCGAAGGCUGCAAGGGAUUCUUUAGGAGGAGCCAGCAGAACAAUGCCUCUUACUCCUGCCCAAGGCAGAGGAACUGUUUGAUUGACAGAACCAACAGAAACCGUUGCCAACAUUGCCGCCUGCAGAAGUGUCUUGCCCUAGGAAUGUCCAGAGAUGCUGUGAAGUUCGGGCGGAUGUCCAAGAAGCAGAGGGACAGCCUGUACGCGGAGGUGCAGAAGCACCAGCAGCGGCUGCAGGAGCAGCGACAGCAGCAGGGCGGGGAGGCCGAGGCACUCGCCAGGGUGUACAGCGCCGGCGUCAGCAACGGCCUCGGCGGCCUGGGCGGCGACGCCGGCGGCACCUACGCCAACGGGCACGUCAUCGACCUGCCCAAGUCCGAGGGUUUCUACAGCGUGGACUCCGGCCAGCCGUCCCCGGAUCAGUCCGGGCUGGACAUGACUGGAAUCAAACAGAUAAAGCAAGAACCUAUCUACGACCUCACAUCCGUCCCCAACUUGUUUACCUAUAGCUCUUUCAACAACGGGCAGUUAGCGCCAGGGAUAACGAUGACUGAAAUUGAUCGAAUUGCACAGAACAUCAUUAAGUCCCAUUUGGAGACAUGUCAGUACACCAUGGAGGAGCUACACCAGUUGGCGUGGCAGACACACACCUAUGAAGAAAUUAAAAUUUAUCAAAGCAAGUCCAGGGAAGCGCUAUGGCAGCAAUGUGCCAUCCAGAUCACUCAUGCCAUCCAGUAUGUGGUGGAGUUUGCAAAGCGGAUAACAGGCUUCAUGGAACUCUGUCAAAAUGAUCAAAUUCUACUUCUGAAGUCAGGUUGCUUGGAAGUGGUUUUGGUGAGAAUGUGCCGUGCCUUCAAUCCAUUAAACAACACUGUUCUGUUUGAAGGAAAAUAUGGAGGAAUGCAAAUGUUCAAGGCCUUAGGUUCUGAUGACCUAGUGAAUGAAGCAUUUGACUUUGCAAAGAAUUUGUGUUCCUUGCAGCUGACUGAGGAGGAGAUUGCUUUGUUCUCAUCUGCUGUUCUCAUAUCUCCAGACCGAGCCUGGCUGAUAGAACCAAGGAAGGUCCAGAAGCUUCAGGAAAAAAUUUACUUUGCACUUCAACAUGUGAUUCAGAAGAAUCACCUCGAUGAUGAGACCUUGGCAAAGUUAAUAGCCAAGAUACCAACCAUCACGGCAGUUUGUAACUUGCAUGGCGAGAAGCUGCAGGUAUUUAAGCAAUCACAUCCAGACAUAGUGAAUACACUCUUUCCUCCAUUAUACAAGGAGCUCUUUAAUCCUGACUGUACCACUGUCUGUAAGUGAACACGACGACAGAACUCUCUCAUAGUCAUGGAAUGCGUCACCCUUAAGACAAAAGCAAUGUGUUCAUGAAGACUUAAGAAAAAUGUCACUACUGCAACAUUAGGAAUGUCCUGCACUUAAUAGAAUUAUUUUUCACCGCUACAGUUUGAAGAAUGUAAAUAUGCACCUGAGUGGGGCUCUUUUAUUUGUUUGUUUUUUGAGAUGACCAUAAAUAUACAAAUAAUAGGACACUGGGUGUUAUCUUUUUUUUUUUUAAUUUUAUUUGGGUAUGUUUUGGAGACAACUGUUUAUAGAAUUUUAUUGUAGAUAAUACAAGAACAGAGCGGUACUUUACAUGAUUACUUUUCCUGUUGAUUGUUCAAAUAUAAUUUAAGAAAUUCAACUGAAUAGGCUUAUCUAUUUCUAUGUUUCUAGAUAGUUGAUGCAUGUGUAAAUUUGUAGCUGUCUUGGAAAGCACUGUGCAUGUAUGUAAUAAGUAUAUAAUAUCUGAGAAUAUUAUAUAUUACUAUUACUUAUAAACAUACAUGCACUGUGGCUUAAAAUACCAUACUAGCAAAGGAGGUUCAGUCAGGCUCUCUUAUAUUAUUUACCUUCUGUGUUAUGCGUUACCUUUAUGUUAGACAAUCAGGAUUUUGUUUUUCCAGCCAGAGUUUUCAUCUGUAGUCAAUGGCAGGAUGGCACCAAUUCAGAAGUAGGUCAAUAAAGGAAUAAAUAUAAUGCACAGCCUCUGUAAAAAAAAAAGAGGAAAAAACAACUUCUACCAAUAACAUUAAAGCCUUGUCAAGAUGGUACAUAUUGGGGGAAAAGAUUAAAUAUUUGGAGCCAUUUUCCUGUUUUAAGAAUUUGGCCACAGAUAAUAUUGUGUGGACUUUUUGGACCACAUACACACACAAAAAAUAGAUAUUUCCUAUUUUUCACCAGGACACAAAAACUUUGGGGGGCUUCAGCUUGUGAAAGAAACUCGAUCCCGGUCCUGAUUAUGUCUUCAAUAGAGAUUAUGGUAGAUUAUAGUAGAUUAUGACCACCAGCAAAUUUUUCUAAUAAAAUUUGAGUUAAAGAUUAAAUAAGAACCCAGGAUCCCAAAGCCAUUUCAUGUAAACAUUUUCUCUCUAACCAUUUUUUUUUUUUGCAGAGAGAUAGAAAGAGAAUAUACAAAGUAAAGAACUAGUUCUUUAUAUUCAUUCUCUUUAAUAAGUUUGGUAGAAAAAGCAGCAAGAAAGGAAGAGGCAUGACUUUAUGCCCUUCUAGUCUGGGGCCUCUAAUUUUUUCAGCUCCAAACUGCUAUGUGAUAUAAAAAUAUAGCAAAAACUUUGAGUUAUUCUAUAGAAUGAAUAUGCCCCAAAGCCAAAACUAUUUCCUACACCAUUUGUAAUUGCAUCAUCCAUGUAGCUUGGGAUUAUUUAUUUUUUUUUAAGCAACUUUAAGCAAAGGUACAGAAUGCAGAGGUGAGAUCAGGAUUAGAGAAUUUAAACUUCCCAGGACAAGUUCUCACUUCUCCACCUGCUCACCAAUUAAACUGAUAACCAGAAAAACAUACAUUCCAGUGGGCUUAUUCUGCCUGUGUUCUGGAGACCUUUGGUGUUAUCUGAUCCAAAAUAAGAUUUUGCAACAGGAAACUGCAGGAAAGCUUUGCAUUUAAAGCAAUGAAAAUUACGAUCUCCCUUAAGUGCAGCCCAGCCACUAGCUCUGAAGACCUGCCCUUUUCUCCUUGUCACACACACACACACACACACACCUGCUUUGUAAAGUUUCUGCCAGUGGAAACUUUGAUUUCUUUUUAAUCUCUUAUCCUCUCCUGAAGUUACGUGGUCUUGAGAGCCAUCUCCUUGAUGCCAUGGAACUCCUCGUUGAUGAUCAAACAGUAACGUUAGUCUUUUCUUUAGAACACAGAGUCUUUUCCCACCUCAUGAUUGAUGAAUUCCAAACCAAUGGGGAAAAACAAAAAGGCUUUAAAAUAAUGAAUCUCUUUCUCAACUACUGUUAUAUUCAAUUAAUUUAACUACAUUGAACCAAAUUACCUUCAGUGUCUAAGAAGACAGCUGUAGACGGCUUAUUAUGCUGCUACAGGGACUCAAUUCUUUUUGGUGUAAAUGUCACUCCUGCUAGCUCUUUGUAUAAAGAAUUAAUUCCAAGAGUCAUAUUUCCUUCUAAUGGAAAGAUUGCUUUACUGAUUGCUAGGAAAACAGGGUAAUGGAAGGCACUCAAUUAAACCAAGCCGUUUCCAAAUGCAAUGUAUGUUUUAUGAUUGGCUUGUGAUAGGCGAUGCUUAAUGUGUGUACUUGGUGUUUCCCUUUGAGCUUUGAACUUAUGUCAAACUUUGUUUUCAUUGUUCUGUUGGCCUAGUGUUUUCCAUUGCCGGCCUAUAAUUCCUGCUCAGUUGUAAAGGGAGUCAUUUGUUUUCCUCCAGUUUACCUUAGAGUAUUUAAAUUGGCUCCAUUGAUGAAGUGGCUGAGAAUUUUUCCUCCCUCAUCCCAUGGGUGAUGUAGAAAAAAGAUUGUUCCCCGCAUUUGUCUCAGGAGGUAGUGGAUUUGAAUUUAUGCAGUUUCCACUAGUGCAUGCGGUUCACUGGGAUGGCGUGAACCUUUUGAAGCUAGGGGACGGGCAACAGCUAGCAACUGAACCAGAACAAAAUAGGAGAAACCAGUACACACUCAGCCCACUUCAGCUGAGAGGAGAGAUUUCCAUGUUUCACCAGAGUUACCAAAUCUGUCCUUUUGAACCAAGUCAUAUUUUCACUGGUAACAAAGCACCUUUGAAAACUUCCCUUUGAAUAUCUCCUGUGACUACACAGGAGACAGGUUCAUGUCCUGUCACGACACAUUCUUGAUAAAGUGUGUGCCCUGGAAGAAAGAACCCAGGGUCUGUACUUCCCACUUCAUGCUUCGUAAAUGACAAUCACUGUUUGAUGCGGAUGUUGCACUGUAUUCACUCAGGGAUGUUUCAUCAAAAAAAAAAAAAAAGAUACAUCAAAGGGGUGAGAAACAGGAAAAUGACAACAAAGUGUACAUGGCAUAAAUUAAAUAUGCCAUUGAGAGGACGUCUCUGACAAGGCUUUCAGACCAAUAGUCAGUAACUCCAUACUGUCAACUGCUUGGACUUGCUGAGAAGUUACACAUGAGUAAGGAAAACUUAGUCUCAUUUUCUAAAAUCUGCUAUAGCUAAAUAAUCCAGCUGCCCCAUUUAUAGGAGAACAGAUCACCCAGCAAACCCAAGCUUCUUAUACAAGUCCUGAGCAAGGGAAACCCAGAAAUCGAAGUGACAUUAGGGGAGCCUGACAAGGGAGGUGAAGCUAUUUGAGUUCAAAGUCCAAUGCAUCUGCGGUCUGUGAAAGGGAAGGCAGAUUUGGUCAGGGAAUAUAGGAGAAUAAAGGGGUUCCAAAUGGGCUUAACACCCCAUGUUUAGCUUAAUAUUUCUACUGUCCAUGACUCAGUUCGUCUUUGGACCCCUUUUCUGUGGCUUUUUUAAUCCCUAGACUGAAAGCUGAGGAUGGAGAUACACUCUAUAACAUACCCUUUCUGGAUUUCCCUUGUUUGAAUACUGUCUUCAGGGCUCUGGACUAGACAACCACUGCAUAGGUAAAAAGCAAAGCAUGUAGUGAUCUCUUGGGUGAUCAGACUUCUCUGACAGAAUGUGAGAUACCCUAACUGUUAGGAACCCUGGAUAUUGACAAGAGGUGCCAGGGAGGCAUCAGUUUGUUUCCUAUCAUAGCUCCUUGUUGACCCAUAGCUUCACAGCCAUCAGGCUCAACUGUCUGUAGAAAAUCACACACGUGGAUCGUGAACUCACAUGCACCCUUUACAACCCCAUGUGUACCAGAUAAAACUUAACCAGCUUUUUUCAAUAACAUAAGAUGCAAAUGAUGUCAGUUUUGUUCCACGUUCUUUGUUUCCAUUUUCAUAGAAGCAGGGAAAAAUUCUACUAGUACUGGAAAUUAGAAGAAAUAACAUUUUGUUUGUUUUUCAUGAAGUUACCUAGGAUUGGCAGUAUAUUAAGGCGAGGAUGUCUGUGCCCUGACAGAACCAUCCUUUAAUAGAAUAGCAGUAACUUUAAAGUGUGCCUCUGUAGUGGCACUUUGCAUAAAGAUCCCUGUAUAAAGAAGAGGAAACAGCCCACCCUCUGCUUUAGACGAAGACGUAUUUGAUUUUGUGUUUCCAACUGCUAGGACAAGCAGCAACCUGACAUGGAAAGGCAUGUGGGUCUUUGGACAAGAGUUGACAACCAUUUUGGGGAAGGCAGAAGGUGUCUCAGGACCAGAGGCACAUGUCCAUUUAAAGCAAGGGUUAAAAAUUCAAAAGCCUAAAAGGGCCAGGGAGUUGAUGCAAAUGAAUGAAAGCAGUCCAGUGGCAAGCUGGCAGGGAAACAAAUGCCCUGAUCAUCAGGUGAGAGACAACGAUCAUCAACUAAAGCUGAAGUGUUGAUAAGCCAUCUGAAGCUUAUAAAAACUUGAGUUGUCAGUUCUGUCCGUUGAAUCAGAGCUUAAUGCAGACCAAACAAAUAUGCCUCUGAGCAGAGGAGGGCCCACAGUCUGCAAACCCUGGUUUAAAGAAAAAUGGAAUCCAGGGGCCUGUUUGGCUGGAGCAAGUCUGGCCAGACACAACUUGGAAUGACAGAGAUCUUGCCCUUCUCACACUCAAUUUGAUUUACAUAUUUGACUAUCACCAGGAAAGGAUAGACUAGGCAUUCAGUUGAAAAUGCAGCAGUCCAAAAAUGAAAAUUUUCAAUUAUAAAAGACACCUGUGUUUGUCUUGCCCAACUCCUAGCUUCAUAGAGCCAGGUGGCCAGAUCUCUUGCCACUUUUUUUCUGAAAGUCAAAUGCCCAAUUUUUAGGCUUUUGAGUCUCAAUGUGUUUCUUCAAAUGCGUGGCUUCAUUAUCUGUGACAGGUUUUUAACUUCCCUUAGUUGUAUCUGAAGAAUUCAUCCUACAGUCAUGAUAAGGUAGCCCUCCAUUUUUCUGAAGUGCGGGACCACGGAUUCCUACGCAGCAGACGGGGGUUGUCUGUGCACUUUGUUCUAAAGCUGCUGAAAUUCCUCUGAAGUGAAUUGGCCAUAGUCAUUUCUGCCUCCUGCAUGACUGGAAGCACGACCUCCAGUGGAUCAGAGAAAGCAGCUCAGUGAUUGUCUUUAUGGCCAAAAAUAAAGCACAAAAAUGAAAAAAUCCAAUUAUAAAAGACACUUGUGUUGACCGGAAUUGAAUAAACCCAGUUGAGGGAAGAGCAGGUAUCUGCACCCCCGCUGGACAGCGUGAUCCUUCUGCUAAACCAUAGUCUUUUGGUGGGGGCUGAUGUAGAGCACCUGCAUGCCUCUGUCACCACCGUGUGCAGACACACAUUAGGUAUGUCUGGAAAGCUACAGAUCCCUCAUCCCAGCACAAUGCUGUCUGCUUCAUCUGAUUAACACUAGAAUGAAAACUACACCCACAGAAAACUGAGUAUGUAUUGUAGAAAUGUAGAAGAAAAAUAAAAAUAUUUUUUCAAAUGUAAUUACUUUUAAUAUAUGCUUGUGGAAGGUCUAAUACUAUGUAUGCUGUCUCUGUAAUUUUUGCUGUAAAUAACUGGAGACAGUGAAUACACUGAUUUUUCUAUGUCUCUGUUUAAGCAUAAGACUUUGUAACAAUUUUUUUAGAGGGGGAAAAACCAACAAAGAGCAAAUAUGUACUUGCUUCCUGUCUGUGUAUUAUGUAUUUCUCAGAAACUGGUUGUAACAGUUUAAACAUCUUGACGGGUCAUUGGUGUUAAGUGUCCGCUUCUUUUUGUAAUACAGCUGAGAAAGGGACAGGGCUGUCCAUUAAACCUACUCCAAAGAAUUCGGAUUGAAGAUUGGCCUGAGAGCUGCAAACUCUAUCUGAACUAGACAAUAUGAAAAAGGAGAGUUAAAAAUAUAUAUAUAUAUAUUGCCUGAGUAAGUCAUCUUUCCUGGUAGUAAAUGGCUUUGUCCAAAUCCUUUCUGCGUGGAAUAGCUUAAGGAAAACAAACUCUGCUUUCUGAUGAACAAAAUAUUUUUGUAUACAUUUAUUUCUUAAUUAAUAACCUGAGGUCAGACCACUCAUUCGCCGAAGCCAUAACUGACCUUCACCAAAUAAAUGUAAAGAACCUGGGGGAGGGUGGGGAAGAGACAAAGAGGGAGGAAGAUCAAAGGUGUCAAGAUCUGUACAGCACAGUCAGGAGCAAGUCCAACGAACCUGAUGCUUUUCCUGCAUCCCAAAUAUGACUUUAAAAGGCUAGUAUUUUAUGAUGAUCGAUUUAUAAUAAAAAAGAUAUUUAGAUUUAAAUGAGACUUUCCAAUAUUUUUUAAAUCCCUGACAAUGCUUCCUUGCUUUUAGGACUGAGAGAAAUGAUUUUCAUAUACUUCCAACAUUCAGAGAUUUAAUGUUUUUAUCUUAGCUCCAGCCCACGUGUGUAAAGUGAAUAAUGGCUGUAAGUUGUUCAGUGUUUAAAACCACAGGCUGUCUGGGACGUGGCUAUUCCUCCCCACCACACUGCACCUGAAGGGAUGGCAGGUGGGGGUGCAGUUGGUAUCUCUUACUAGCAUGCACACCAUCGCUGGCAACGCACAAAAGUUGCAUUGCCAAACCUAUGUAAAAUAAAAGCAUUCAGUCUAAAAACAUAGUAAUUAUACUUUUUUAAAAGGAUAACGCCUCCUAGAGUCUCUCUUGAUUUUUCUGGAGCUGAAUCAUGUUAUUGCCAUGUAUUAUUAUUGGCCUAUAGAGGCAAAAGGCAAACUACAAAUAAACCCAGUGAAAUACAUAGUUUUAAAAUCUACAAUUUUCUGAUCUCUCUCUCCUUGUUUAAUAUAUAAGCCCUAAUUUCUGUGUACAUGAGUAAAACUACAGCCUGAGUCAUUUAGGAAGUAAGCAUUGAGUUUUUUUUAAUUAUACUAGAAUAAAACAGCACUCCCUAACAAUUAAAAAGAGUUUUAUAUUACUUUAGAAUGUAAUAGUUUUUUGUCCUUAUUUUAUGUCCUGUAAAUUAUUAGUUGAAUACUGUUAGCACUCCCUGAUAAUGCACACAUGAUUUCUGAAUGUUUUCUGUAAAUGACAAUCAAUGUUUAUGAUGUUCCCCUCCUUUAAUGCUGAACAAAAUUAAAAGAAGA